CAGCAACAGCAACAGCCACAGCCACAACUACAAAGAAUCAGACACAUCUCUCUCUCCACAUUUCCAAAUCCUCUCUAAAUUCUAUGUUCUUCUGCAACACCACACAUCCCUCUCUCUCUAAGUAUGUUUGUUCCUUGAAGAGGAGAAGAAGUAACUCCUUUUCUCCUUUUCAUUUUCUCUCUUUUUUAGCUUUAGUAAUUACAUAGAAAGUCAUCAAAUUUACCCUUAUUUUUCCAAGAAGAAAAAUACCCACUUGAAAAGAUCCAAUCUUUUUUGUGUUCUUGCUUUUGGGUUACUCUUUGUUUGAUCUUAAAGAGGCCAAAGUUUGAUAAUUUUCAUCACUAGUUUGUUGCAGAACAAGAGUGAUAGCUAGGAAGAACAAUCAUGUCUUCUUCUUUGAAUCCGAUUGUUCCAGACCUUUCACUUCACAUAAGCCUCCCCAAUAGUGCUCCUUCCUCUAUUUGCACCACCACAAACGAACCCGAUUCAUCCCUAGGCCUCAAAUCGCUCAGCGAGGGCGCCGCGGCGGCCGCCGACACCGAACUCUGCCUCGCACGCAACAGAAACAGCAGCUCUGCUAUGGAAGCAGAGAGUCCCUGGAGAAGAAGCAGAAGAGAGGAUCAGAGAAAUCAUCUUUUUCAGUGUAAUCAAGGGAUUUCAGUCCUUGACUUAUCUGGAUUAAGACCCAUAAAGGGAAUUCCAGUCUACAAUAACAACAACCACAUAGAGAUGGAUCCAAGAUUUCGAUUCUACCAAGCACCAUCAGGAGGAGGAGGAAGGUUUAAUGGGAUAACAAUGGAGGCACUGAGACAACAACAGCAUCGGUACUACAACAACAAUUACCAAUAUGGGUAUAGUGGUACGGAUCAAUAUUCUUCUUCAUCAUAUAAUGGACUAAUGAUGAGAUCAAGACUGCUUCUGCCCAAUAAAUUGCAUAACAAGAGGAACACGAGGGCACCAAGAAUGCGUUGGACUAGUUCACUUCACUCUCGCUUUGUUCACGCUGUUGAGCUCCUCGGCGGCCAUGAAAGGGCAACUCCAAAGUCAGUUCUGGAGCUGAUGGAUGUCAAAGAUCUCACACUUGCUCAUGUCAAAAGCCAUUUACAGAUGUAUAGAACUGUUAAGAGCACUGACACUCCUGUAGCUUCAUCAGAUGGAUCUGGUGAGGAACAUGUCUUGUCUGUAUCUUCUUCUACUUCUUCUGUGCAUCAAAAUACCAAUAUUUUACUCAACCGGAGAGGAGCAUCAAUGGAACAUGAAAAUGGCUAUCCUUCAAAUAAUAUUAAUCUAUGGAGUAACUACUCUAGCAGAGGAGCUUGGACGACGCCAACCAAUUCUAGGAAUCAUGAUGUCCUUGCACCAGAUACCGGCCUUUUCUCUCAACAAACAGUCGGUCAUCAAUUUGAGGGAAGCAACUUUAGUCGAUCGAAAAGCUUUGUGAGAUCAAAUACACAACUCAAUACUAAUCCAAGCCUGGAGUUCACGUUAGGGAGACCAGAUUGCCACACCAAACAACAUUAUUGAUUCUAAGACACAUAGUUAUUAGUUAGUAUUAAUUAUCUAAUUGUUGCUCUC